AUGAAGUCAGUGGGCAUCCUCCUCCUCCUCGUGGGGCUCCUCACCUUCUGGAUGGAGCUGCCAGCUGCCACAGUGCAGAAGCAAGUGAAAGCUGGGACCUGCCCAUCAGAUUACACAAUGUGUUAUCAGGCUGAAACUGAUGAGUGUGCCACGGAUGAUGACUGCAAAGAGCAGAACAAGUGCUGUUAUUGCCAGUGUGCCAAGCGCUGUGUGGAAGCAGCAGAAGAGACUCCUGGGACUUGUCCAGCCAUCACUGUAGUUUGUCCCAUGGUUGAUCCUCCUAACCACUGUGAAAAGGACAGCAAGUGUCCAGAAAACAAGAAGUGCUGUGACACCGGCUGUGGGAAAGAUUGUGGAACUUCACGGAAGAAGCAGAUUUUCUUCCUGGAGUACAUAGAAGAGUUUAACAACUGGGCUGCUUGA